AUGAAAUUUGGAUCUCUUACACUCUUGGAGAUCUGGCUUCAUGUCUGUAGUAUAUCCACUGCCAAUGGUCUAUUCAACCAGCCCAGUGGACCGGGACUCAGUCAUGGCUCCCUUCUCCGUCAACGGAGAGAGCAUCUCUUAUCCAAAGGUGCUCGAAGAAAGCCGCGAAAGGUCAAAAACAAUCCCAAAUACCUGAACCCACAGACAGAAGCAUAUGCUGUCAAUGGCACCGCAAUUCCAGACGUGGACUUUGACGUAGGUGAAUCCUACGCUGGUCUACUGCCCGUCUCCGAUCUUCCAGAGGAAAGACGUCAGCUUUACUUUUGGUAUUUCCCUGCUGCCAGCUCAAGUGCUACCGACGCUAUCACCAUCUGGCUCAAUGGGGGUCCAGGGUGCAGCUCCCUCGAGGGUCUGCUACAGGAAAACGGCCCAUUCACCUGGCAGUAUGGCACGUUCAAGCCUGUUGCUAACCCGUACAGCUGGCAUUACCUCACAGAUAUGCUCUGGGUGGAUCAGCCUGUCGGUACUGGAUUCUCCAUGGGUGAUGCAAACGUCACCUCGCAGUUGGACGUGGCCGAGCAGUUCCUAGGCUUCUUCAAGAACUUCAUAGAGUUAUUUGACUUGCACGGUCGCAAGGUGUAUGUGACUGGGGAGUCUUACGCAGGAAUGUUUGUGCCCUACAUCGCACAUGCGAUGCUUGAAGCCAAGAAUCCACACCUGUAUAACCUUGAUGGAAUUAUGCUCUACGAUCCAACGCUGGCCACGCGAGCCGUUGAGAGGGAACUCUUUGCCUAUCCCACUUAUGAAGUGUGGUCGAGGUUGUUCGCAUUCAACGAUACCUUCAGCGCGCACAUACGGGAUAAAGCAGCGGCCUGCGGCUAUAUCGAUUAUAUCCAUGAUCACUUUGUAUUCCCUCCACGCGGAACAAUGCCUCCGAUCCAAAGCAAUUGCGACCUUUACAUGGAAAUUGGCAACAAUGCCUUUAUCACGAAUCCGUGCUGGAACCCGUACCAUCUCGCAACUACCUGUCCGAAUCUCUGGGACGUGCUAGGUGCCCCGAGCGCGUUCGACUACCUCCCCGCAGGAGCAUCCAUUUACUUCAACCGCCCAGAUGUGAAAAAAGCAAUCAAUGCCCCUCCCACGGCUAAUUGGACAGAAUGCAGCGACACUUCCGUCUUCGUCAACGGAACCGAUCAAACUGCCGCAGCAGGACUGUGGAGUUCACAAACUGUGCUCCCUGGUGUCAUUGAAAGGGUCCCCCGCGUGGUCAUCGGACAGGGGGAAAUGGAUUAUACCGUCUUGCCGAAUGCAACGUUGUUCGCGAUCCAGAAUAUGACCUGGGGCGGGGUGCAGGGGUUCCAGUGUCCGCCGGAUGGCGACUUCUACGUGCCUCCCGAUGAAAUACUAUCUGCUGGGUCUGGAAUUAUGGGGAAAAUUCGUACGGAGAGAGGACUGACUUUUGUUGAGGUCAAGCUUUGCGGGCAUAUGGUGCCGCAGUAUCAGCCUAGUGCUGCCUUUCGACAUCUCGAGUAUUUGCUCGGACGCAUUGACAGUCUUGAGAGCCGGGAACCAUUCACUGUAGAUAUUCCAGGGUUCAAAUAA